AUGGUCGAUCCCACAAAACUGAGAGAAUGCGCCAUAACGGCUUUUCAAAGGGGUAGAAUCGCAGAGUGUCCACAUAUCGGGUACGGAGGGAAUUACGACGAAGAAGAUUUCUUCGGGAUUGUCCGCAAUGUGGAUGAAAAAUAUGGCAAUAAUAUUGCACAGUACUUGAAUGAAUGCAUCGACCGGGAUCAAGGCAGAUUCAACAAUGACCGGGUCUACCACUUUGCAGCUUUGGCAGUUGCUGCGGCCAGGGGCUACUUUACUGGUGAAAACCAAGGUUGUGGCUAA